GCCUCAGCUUCCUGAGUGCUGGGAUUACAGGUGUGCACUACCACAUCUGGCAGAUAUUAGACUUUUAUUUCUUGAGUUCUUUAAUCUUGUUUUAAAUUUGCGAGUCUUCAUGAACUUUAGUGUGGUGUCAGGGAAUAGUUGAUCCCCUUUUUUGUGAGACCAUUUAAUUUCAUUUACCCUAGAUGUUGAAAAAUGUCAGAAUGUUGAAACAGACACAGGUGUAAUUGAUUGUGUUUGCCCGCCCCCCCUUUAAGCAGCCACAUUGACUUUAAAAGAUCAAAAAUAAUAAAUUUACUUAGGACAGCUGGGUUAUGGUCAUGAUAGUUUGAUUGACAAACUAUUUGCAAGCAUGUUGCUUUCUUGGUAGGUCCUUUUUUUCCGUGCUGGAGAUUGAACCCAGGGCCCUGCACAUGCCAGACAAGUACUUUUCCACUAAGGUCUGGUCCCAUUUCAUUGGACCGAAAUUUGUUAACCUAGUAAAAGUGAAGCAGCUUGGCAAACUUAAUCUUUUUUUUUCUUUCUUUCUUUUUUUUUUUCUGGUACCGGAGAUCAAACUCGGGACCUUGUACUUGUGAGGCAGAACCACUGAGCUAAAUCCCCGGCUUUUUUUUUCUUUUCUUCCUUGUAGAGCUGGGGCCUUGAACCAUAGCAUCACGUAUACCAGGCAGGUAGUUUAUCACUGAGCCCAUUUAGUUUAUUUCUGAAAUGGUUUUGGAUGAAGCAAGUAGGCCCUUAGAACAGUUACAAAGUAAUACUGAAUUAAAAUUUGAUAUAGAUUUUCCUCUACCUCCUAUUCUGAAGGAAUUUUUAAGGUCUAGGGUUUUUUUAGGAUAAUUGUAUUUUUCUCACCCCAGUGUGUCAAUAUCCUGUUAGAGGUGAACUGGGAUUUUCUGUGUGAGCUUAACAGUAUAGGCUUGAGUUUGGUUAUUUCUUUAUCACUAGGACUUUUUUCAACAAAUUAUUUGUUUUUGAGAAAGGAGGGCUGUGAGUUUAAUUUUCUAGGUAAUUGGGAUAUAGGUUUUGUUUUUUUUUAAGGUUCUUAAUGAUGUUAUUUUUCUCUGUUUUCCUGGACUGGUGUUAAAAUUUUGAUAGUUAAUUUAUUGUUUAAAAAAAAUUUUUUUUGAGACAGGGUCUCGCUAUGUAGUUCAGGCUGUCCUUGAGCUUACUGUGUAGCCCAUGCUGGCUUUGGACUUGUGAUCCUCAUGCCUCAGCCUUCCAAGUGCUGGAAUUCAGGUUUGCACCACCACGCCCGACAGUAAUUAAUUUAUAAGUUUGAUACCAUUGAUAGCUUAGUAGAGAAUAAAUGUACAUGACUUACUAGUAUUUGCAUACUUCGGAUACAGAAAUGACAUUUGUUUGCCACUUCAUAUUUUUUAUAAGCUGCAGUUAGGCGUGUGGAUAUUUGUCUUCUACACUGCAGCGCUUAACUUGAUGAAACUGAUUUUUUCUCUUCUCCCAGAGCUCAUGUUCUCAAACUGAUCUUGUGGAGCACUUCUUUCUGUUUACGUAUAGGGGCAGCAGAACAUGACGGUGGAAUGUAGGUUUUAGGUUAGUAUCUGGGUUUAAAGAAUCCGAGGAUGUUUGAGUAACCUUGGCAAGUUACCAAACUGCUUCAAGUCUUAGUUUCUUCAUCUGUGAGAAAAGAGUAAACUUGAGUUGUGAAAAAUUAAUGUGUGUAAAGCACAUGAUCUAGAAAGGCAUUUAAAAAUAAGAAUAGUUAUUAUAAAGAAAUUUGAAGAAAAGGCUUCUAGUGGGCUAGAGUGGUUGUGUUAAUAGUAGUUUGGAAUCAACUAAAAAAAAUCACUUGGUUGCUGUUGAUAGUAACCUUCAUAGUUGGAAGUAUAGUAUUCUUAGAUUUCUGACCUGUUUUUCUCCCAUCAUUCAUGCUUAUAAACAUUUUGGUCUCAGUCACCAUUCCUUGAAAACUAAUUAAAUGCAUCCUUGAGUACAUAAUAUUGUCAAUGUCUAUUCACAUCCAUCACAGCUAGGUAUAACUAUUGUCUCUCUGCUGGUCUAAUUUUUGCUGAGCCUUAGAACCAAAGACAGACUCCAGGGGUUGAUGUGGGACCUCCAGAAUGGGGAUUGCACAGAAUAAUCUUAUUUUUCCUCUAUUCUUCUAGUCUGUUUUGUUCUGAACCCACACAUGUUUUCGGAAGGACCAGAUGGCUGACACUGGCUAAUGGGAACCAAAAGACGAGUGAAAGUAACCUGGUUGUCACAUACCCCCAGCUUAGAGGUGAGGAAAGAUCAAGUGCAGACUGAGCUGUGGCCAACCGUUUGCAGACCAGGAAUCCACACCAGCUCUAAUCAGAGAGCUCUUGGUGUGCAGGAACUGCCAGUUUGCCGACGUGAAAAGAGCCCCAGACUGGGUAAUGGUGAGCCCUGAAGUCGCACCCCAGCUCUGCCACUCAGUGAGCACGGCAACAUCCCUAAUCCUGACCAGCCAUGGAGAGGUUCGGUUCUUACCAGGAAAAUGAGUGAAUGUGGGAAUGGCUCACCACAUUGGGAAAACAAAACUCACAUCCUGCUGAUGGUUGGCUGAGGACUGUCAUGUCCACAUACAAAGAAAAGCAUAUGGCACAGUUUUAGGACAAAGGUAUGGUUUUGUGGAGUUUGAUGAUCUGCGUGAUGCAGAUGAUGCUGUUUAUGAACUGAAUGGCAAAGACCUUUGUGGUGAGCGAGUAAUUGUUGAGCAUGCCCGAGGCCCACGACGAGACGGCAGUUACGGUUCCGGACGCAACUCCUUUGAGGCUAAGAUGACUGCCUGUUCCAUUUGCUGACCUUGAGUUACCUUUCCAUGCGUGGCUCUUUGAACCUGUAUGGCCCUUGGCUGACCAAAAACAGGAAGCCAUGUGACGACCGCAACCUUUCCCCAUUAGACCUGGGUGGUGGAUAUGGUUAUAGAAGAAGUGGCCGAGAUAAAUACGGCCCUCCCACUCGAACAGAGUACAGACUUAUUGUGGAAAAUUUGUCAAGUCGGUGCAGUUGGCAAGACCUAAAGGAUUAUAUGCGUCAGGCAGGAGAAGUCACCUAUGCAGAUGCUCACAAGGGUCGCAAAAAUGAAGGAGUGAUUGAAUUUGUAUCUUAUUCUGAUAUGAAAAGAGCUUUGGAAAAGUUGGAUGGAACUGAAGUCAAUGGCAGAAAAAUCAGAUUGGUUGAAGACAAGCCAGGUUCUAGACGGCGCCGGUCCUAUUCCAGGAGCCGGAGUCAUUCAAGGUCUCGCUCUCGAAGCAGACAUUCCCGGAAGAGCAGAAGCCGAAGUGGUAGCAGCAAAAGCAGUCGAUCCCGGUCCAGGUCGGGCUCCCACUCCCGGAGCAAGAGCCGCACUCGAAGCCAGAGUCGUAGCCGCAGCAAGAAGGAGAAAAGCAGGAGCCCCAGCAAGGAUGAUAAGAGUCGCAGCCGUAGCCACAGUGCGAACAAGAGCCGCAGCAAGAGUAAAGACCACACUGAAGACAAAAUCCAGAACAAUGACAGCACUGGGAAACCCAAAAGUCGGAGUCCCAGCCGGCAUGAAAGCAAAAGUAAAAGUAGGAGCAGGAGCCAAGAGAGGAGAGUGGAAGAGGAGAAGCGAGAGAGCAUGAGCAGGAGCCAGAGCCAGGAGAAGAGCCGCCUCAAGAGCAGGAGUCGGAGUCGGAGCAAAGCGGGCAGCCGCAGCCGGAGCCGCAGCAAAAGCAAGGAUAAGAGGAAGGGCAGGAAAAGAAGCAGGGAGGAGAGCCGCAGCCGCAGUCGUAGCCGCAGUAAGAGUGAGCGGAGCAGGAAGCGCAGCAGCAAGAGAGACAGCAAGGUGACCAGCAGCAAGAAGAAAAAGAAGGAAGACACCGACCGCUCGCAGUCCAGGUCUCGGUCCCGCUCAGUGUCAAAGGAGCGAGAACACGCCAAAGCUGAGUCUGGCCAGGGGGAAGGCCAAGGGGAGAGUGAAGAUGCUGGCCCUAAUCCGGAGACCCGAUCCAGGUCAAGAUCCAAUUCCAAAUCAAAACCAAACCCUCUGACAGAAUCACGCUCCAGAUCAAAGUCGGCUUCAAAAACCCAGUCUCGGUCUAAGUCUCGAUCCAGGUCUGCUUCCAGAUCGCCCUCCCAAUCUAGAUCCAGAUCCCAUUCGAGGUCCUAACCGGCUACGACCACGGCUGGAACUACCCGAGAAGUUUUUUGUACAUGUUUGGUAGCCGUAGCACAAGUGAUUGAGGUAGAACAUCCGUCACUGCUGUACAUUUUUAACUCCCCUAAUGGUGUGUCUAUAAUUGUUAAAUCUAAGUGCUUCCUCUCAGUAAAGCCUCCUGGCGCCAGGCCUUCCUGCUCGACUGAAAAAAAUCUUCUCUUCGAAACUCCCUUUCCUCAUGGCCCACAGUAGAAUAUCCAAAAUGCCUUGGCUUUCAGGCCUGGCCUUUCCUACAGGGAGCUCGGUACCUGGACAGCUUUAAGGCUGGAAUGAUGGCAUAGGUAGGUAUGGUGAGUUCAACCAUUUUUGCCCUUGAAUUGAUGCCCUUUGAUGUAUGCCAUUUAGUGAAAGUGCUAAGUCUUCAGUUUCUACCACUUUGGUUUCAUAUUUUUGGACUUAACAAAGUUGUGAAUAGCACAGUCGAGGAAAACUGAUACCUGCAGUAACCCAUAGGAAAUAAACUGUAGAGUUCCAUAUUCUGGUAUUGUGAUUAUAUUGUUUUAUAUUAAAAAAAAAGAAAAGAAUUUUUUUUAAUUUUAUUUUUCCCCGUCUUGCAAAGUAUAGUGACCCCUGUUUCCAUUAAAUUUGAAUAAAGACUAUUUUUGCUUGA